AUGCAGCUGCUAUGUCAACAUCACAGCUAUCGUUCAGCAAGCUCGAGAUAUUCCAUUGACCUCGAGGCAUUAUCGUUAGCAUAUUUCAGGAAAGAAACAUUUCAUCUCCGAUCGAUGGAGCGGGUUAGUGAGGACCAGAAUCUACCUCGAAAAGCACCAAGGCUGGUGUAUUCCCCUGUCCUGGAAAAGAAACCGCCAAAACCAAAGCCUGUCCUGGAAUAUCAUUUAGUUGAACAAAAAAUCACCAGUGCCAUCACUGAUUUCAAAGCUGGAAAAUAUACGAGCUUGGCCGCCGCUGGAAGAGCCCAUGGAGUAACGGAGAGAGCUGGGUAUUUCAGGCUUCGUGCUCGGGCAGCCGGCCGGGCCUCCAAGUCAGACCGAUUCAAGAAUGGAAGUCAACGUCUCAGCCCGGAGCAGGAGAUUAUCCUAUGUCAAUUCGUCGACAGCCUAGAAGACAUUCGCGCCCUACACCGCAAGAUUGGCGAGAAAGCUUACAGCAUGUUAUGUGAAGAUCUUACUGCUGAGGACCCCUUACCGGCGCCGCUGGGCAAACAAUGGCCGGCUCGGUUCUUGGAACGUCACCCAGGAAUUAUGGCUCGACGCCCGAAGCCACUCACCUCAAGGAAAUGUGGAGAGCCAGACGAUGAGACAAGCUUGUCCAUACCCAGAGAGGAAGCUCACACAAGCGAGACGACCAAUGAAGAGCCACUGCUCCUUGUCGACUGUCAGAGAUUCCUCGAACGAUCCACUGACGCAGAUGAGACGCUUGGUCAGAUCUCAUCUAGCUGCACCGCCCCUGCAGCCUCUCCCAACGUCUUGAUUGCCACAGGCGGGACGAGCAGUCUCGAUAGACACGUGCCGACAGCGAUGUUCUCAGAUCGACCGCCAGCUGGCAGCUCUACAACAAUUUCCUUUUUGUCGGCAGUCAAGAGCAGUCUUGCUGAACACAGAAUGACCUUUUCAACCCGUCUUACGUGA